AUGUCGGCACCAGCCACCAUCAAGGAGGCUGUCAAGGAGAGUCUCCUUGGCAGCGAAGACCCUGCGAACCUCUCUGCAAAGAGCAGAGCGACAUUCCUUAGCCUUGCCAACAAGGAUGCUGAGACUGGCGAAAUGUUCAUGACUGAGGAGCAGUUCAUUGAUGCUGUCGCACCUGCUGACGAAGACUAUGGCAAGAUCAAGCGUGAGCAAUACGGUCUCCUCUUCCACGUCGCCGAUCGCAAGCGCAGAGGUCGCGUUAGCAUCGCUGACUGGGCUGCGUUCAACAACUUGCUUUUCAAAGCCGACGCCGAAUACGAGAUUGCUUUCCGUCUUUUCGAUGUCGAACGCACUGGCGCCGUCACAUAUGACAACUUCCGCCGACUCUACGAGCUGAACAAGGGCGCCGACAGCAUCCCGUUUGACUGGGAAUCCCAAUGGGCCAAGCUUUACAUUGGGGACAAGACCAGACGCCACAACUUGACAUACCAUGAGUUCUCGCAGAUGCUACGUGGUCUCCAGGGCGAGAGAAUUCGACAAGCUUUCCUGCGUUUUGACAAGGACGGUGAUGGCUACAUUGAGCCAGAGGACUUUGAGCGCAUCAUUCGCGAGACCUCGAAGCACAAGCUGUCGGACCACCUAUUGGAGAACCUGUCUACUCUCUGCAACAUCUCCCUUGGUAGCCGAGUUUCCUACGCCAACGUCAGAGCCUUCCAGAACAUGAUUAAGGAGAUGGAUCUGGUAGAGCUCAUCAUUCGCAAGGCGUGUCAAAAGAGCACCGACGGCAAGAUCACUAAGGCUGAAUUCUUGAACGAGGCUGCCAAGAUCACACGGUUUUCUCUGUUCACACCUAUGGAGGCUGACAUCCUGUUUCACUUUGCCAGCCUUGACGAGCCCUCUGGCCGUCUCAGCUUGAUGGAUUUCGCCAAGGUGCUCGACCCGUCUUGGAGAAACCGUGGCUUUGUGGAGGAAAGUGAAGCAGGUGGUCAGGCCAAGACAGCUGCCGGCGCUGCUUUGCGGCAAGCAGCCGAGUCCGGUUACCACUUCCUUCUUGGCAGUGUUGCUGGUGCCUUUGGAGCCUUCAUGGUCUACCCCAUUGAUCUUGUCAAGACGCGUAUGCAGAACCAGCGAGGCGCUAACCCCGGCCAGCGUCUGUACAACAACUCCAUUGACUGUUUCAGAAAGGUCAUUGCCAAUGAAGGUUUCAAGGGUCUGUACUCUGGAGUUCUGCCUCAGCUAGUUGGUGUUGCGCCCGAGAAGGCCAUCAAGCUGACAGUCAACGACUUGGUCCGCAAUGCUUUCACCGAUAAAAAGACUGGCAACAUCUGGGUUGGCUCUGAAAUUCUGGCUGGUGGUACAGCUGGUGCUUGCCAAGUCGUAUUCACCAAUCCACUUGAAAUCGUCAAGAUUCGCCUUCAGGUUCAGGGAGAGGUUGCCAAGGCUGCUGGUGCCGAGAGACGCUCAGCCAUGUGGAUCGUUAAGAACCUUGGACUGGCAGGUCUCUACAAGGGUGCUAGUGCCUGCCUGCUUCGAGAUGUUCCCUUCUCGGCCAUCUACUUCCCAACCUACAGCCACUUGAAGAAAGACCUGUUUGGCGAGUCGCCGACCAAGAAGCUUGGAGUUGUCCAGCUGCUCACUGCUGGUGCUAUCGCUGGUAUGCCCGCCGCUUACCUGACAACUCCUUGCGAUGUCAUCAAGACCCGUCUGCAGGUUGAGGCCCGCAAGGGUGACACCAACUACACUGGCCUUCGUCACGCUGCCCAGACCAUCAUGAAGGAGGAGGGUUUCCGAGCCUUCUUCAAGGGUGGUCCUGCUCGUAUCUUCCGUUCUUCGCCCCAGUUUGGUUUCACUCUUGCUUCGUAUGAAGUUCUUCAGAGUAUGUUCCCUUUCCCUGGCAGCAAGAAGUCGGAGCAGGUACACACUGGUGUUGCCGAGGUGAUUUCGUCCAUCAAGGAGAAGGACGUGGCCUCCCCUCAUGCUCGUAGCCGCAAUGCUCUCAAGAUCAUUCUUGAUCUCGAUGAGAACUUUGGCCGCGUCAAGGUCCCUGACCAAAAGGCCUGGAAGAAGGUGCCCUCCUUUUUGGGCGGCGCUCAGGCAUAG